UCUCAUUACAUUCGUGCUCGUUCGAAUCGGAGAAAAAUGGCGGCGUGGAGUAACAUUUUGCGUUCUGCGAGUCAAAAAUUGCUGCAAAACGGCGGAUUUAGAACGGCAUCGUUGAAAAACGAACAAAUAAGAUGUAUGUCCGAAGAACGCACAUUUUUCAUAAAGCCAAGCGGCUUUCAGUGGCACAAAACAAAAGAUUGGUUCCACUUUUACCUUUUACUGGGUGCUAUUCCUGUUGGAAUUACAAUCACUUUAGUUAAUGUCUUUAUUGGUCCUGCUACACUUCAGGAAAUACCCGAGGAUUAUGUACCAAAAGAAUUUGAAUAUCUUCAGCAUCCUAUUAAAAGAUUCCUGCAACGCUACUUUUUUCCAUCGCAACAAGAAGAAUACGAAAAGUAUCUGCAUUACAUGUAUCAUCAGGACCACCUCAGAAAAGUUAGGCUUCUUGAAAAUAAGGUGUAUACUUUGAUGGGUCAAAGGCGCGAUUACAGAAGUCAAUACUUUAAAGAAUCCUAUGCUUCUAAGUAUCUGUACAAUUAUAAAGAAUCGAUAGAUGAAACUCUCCAUAAGCGUGACUAAAAUUUAUUUUACUCAUAACGAUUAUUUCUGAUUGGAAAAUAUUAGGGGGAGCUAAAAAACUAUUUUAUCAGCUAUAUAUAUGUGUAUAU